AUGGAAACCAAGACCCGGGUGGAAUAUUGUGAGCGGGAUGAACAUACUCCUGCUUUAAACAGCAAGCAGAGGACAUGUGCAAUGGUCAGAUUUACGCUAGUCCAUACAGCUGCACGUCCUGAAGCAAAUGGGGCCCGGGCCGCGAUGUCGAACGAGCUGGAGCUCUUUCGCCGCCGCUGGCGGGCCGAGCUGGCCGGAGCCCGCCAGGGGAAGAAGCGGCGGCGGGCGGCCGAGCCCGGGGGGAGCCCGAGCUGCCGGGAGCCCGUCUCCGGCUGGAGCAGCUGCGGGGGGGUCCCGCUGGCCGCGCCCCGGGAUGGCGGCGGCGAGGAGGAGCGGCGGGAGGCCGGGUACUUCGCACUGGCCCGGAGCCUGCUGGACGGGAAGGCUCCGGGGGUCCGCAGCCGCCGCCACCACCGUCAGCCCCGCUCGGGCCCCCCGCCGCCGCCCGUCCAACCCGCCGCCGAGCCCGAGGGCGGCGGAGACAACGACCUGCUGGGGCAGCUCAUCCGGGACCUGAAUGAAAUAAAUGAGGUUCCUUUCUUUGAUAUCCAGCUGCCUUAUGAACUGGCAUUAAAAAUUUUUCAGUACCUGGGAAGGACUGAGCUGGGCAAAUGUGCUCAGGUGAGCAGGACAUGGAAAGUACUUGCAGAAGAUGAAGUGCUUUGGUACAAAUUGUGCCAACAGGAAGGGUACCUGCCUGAUGCCAGCAUCUCUGAUUGUUCCGGCUGGAAACUUGCCCUUCAAGACUGCCGUGCCAAAGAGCGCACUUUAAGAACCAAUUGGAAGAACCGCGUCGGUGCUGUGAGCCAGCUGCAGUAUGAGUUGGGUAAAGUUUUGUGUGAUGUGCAUUCUUGUGAUGGAGUUGCCAUUGCUGGAUAUACAUCGGGAGAUGUGAGGUUGUGGGACACCCGCACCUGGGACUACACGGCCCCCAUCCUGGAACCAGUGCAUGGCUCUGCUGAUCCUGGACCCCAGCCACAUGUCUCCUUUGUGAGGAUAAACAGCUCUCUGGCUGUAGCGGCUUAUGAGGAUGGGACUAUUAAUGUUUGGAGUCUCAUGAUAGGGCGUGAACCUAUCCAUCAUUACCAGCACAAUCAAAGGAUACAGGCUUUGGCCCUUGGCUUGGAGGGAGCAGCCAUAGCAACUGCAUCUGGCUUCCAGGUCAAGGUGGAAAGCCCUGAUGACAGGGGAUACUGGCAAACUACUGCACAGUUUGAAAUCCAGAAAUUGGUCAACUUUCUCCACCUGGUUCCAGAUGUUGUUGGGAGUCCAGUGACUAUAGCAGCUGCUGAAGAUAUGGUCUACCUCCUGAAAGCAGAAGAGUCGGGCAAAGUUCUCCAUUCUGUAUAUGGCCAGCCUGUCACAUGUCUAGAUGUAUCUGCCAGUGAGGCAGCCUUUGGAGUAAAAGGCUUUGGCUGGCUGUUGAAUGAGACCAACAAGAUACUUCUCUACAACCUGGAAACAGGUCAGUGUCUAACAAAGCUAGGCAGCUCGUUGGGUGACUUCACGUGUGUCAACCUCCAGAAUAGUCCUCCGUGGAUGCUUGUCACAGGCAAUAAAGACAGGAGGGUCAGGGUAUACGACCUCCGCAGAAGCAAAUCUUUGUGCUCCCUCUAUGCCCACCAUUUAGGAGUGUCUGCCGUGCAGAUGGAUGACUGGAAAAUUGUCAGUGGAGGAGAGGAGGGUCUGGUCUGCGUGUGGGAUCAGCGAAUGGGCACCAAGCUAUGGGAAAUGCACGCCAGACACCCAGUCCGUCAUAUUUGGUUCAAUACUCACAGCCUCAUCACAGCAAACAUCCCAGAUGAGAAAAACCCCCGGGGUGCCAGCAUCAUGGAUGAUGACCUGACAGCUCACCGUAGGCAUCGAGGAAUCAUCUAUGCCUAUGAAUUCUCAGUGGACCAGUUGGCUCGAGAGAGCGUCCUUCCUAUUUGCCGCUCUUCCUAUGAUGAAGUGACUGGUUACAACUACAACAUUGGCCUUGCUGUCCCCUAUGACAACAUUUUGGUAACUUAGGAAUGGUUUUUCCUUGGUUUUCUAUGGUUCAGUCCCCUACCAACCAACAUGGAGCAGAAAGGAAACUGGGAAUCACAAGAGGUGAUUACUAAAGAUUGCAUUGACUUGUUCCAACACAUUUAGUGGGCUGGGCUCUUGCUGAAAACUGAAGGCAUAUGCAAGAGCAGAUUCUGAGGCUGCCCCCAAAUGUGUCACUCAAACAUACUGAUGAUCCAAAAUGACCUUUGAACCUUUGCUCUGGUCAGUGGAGAUUGAAAAAUGAGUGGGAGACUUAAACCUGGGGAAAAAUGGUCCAUUCCCACUGCUCACAGGAAGAGUGUUGGUGACCUCAUUCUCAUGGCAGAUCGAUGUGCCAUGGUGGGGCAAAGGAGAACCCUGAGUGGCAAAGUGAAAGAGAAUUGAUACUUUCUUGACAGGAUGAUAAGGGCACAGAGGAGCUCAAGCAUACGCAGAUGCUUGGCUGUCCUGAGAGAAAGAAACAAGAACUGGGAACAGGCCUGCUGCAGAGCCACAAGCUUGGGAUCUCUUUCCUGCGUGACAAGCUGCCAGUUCUUGUCUCCCUGUGUGUGCUGCAGGCAGGGGAAUGUCCAGCAAUCUGCAACAGAACAAAGCACAAUGCGCUCUGCAUAGGAGGCAGCUUGCUCUCAUCCAGGCCUGAGUGGCUUGGAGACUAAGCUGGCCAAACAACUCAGAAUUAUUUUUUUAAAUAAGUUUUUUAAUUUUUAAAAAUCUCUGAAUCUAUACCUUAAAGGUUCAUAAAUGUUUGUUAUUGUAAGGACUUUCCUCCUUACAGAUUUAGGGUGGGCUAAUCCCUGUGCACUGAGGUACAAGGCUGGGCAGUGCCUUGUAACUGAACUGCAUCUUUCUACUGUCUCGGAUGUCGUUUUGAUUCCAGGUUGUCUCUAAUAAUGAUUCUAUGAACCUUCUUCUAAUCACUGAGAUAACAUGAUAUUUGAGACUGAUCAUGCCCAUUUAGCAAAGUAGAGAGGACAGAGCUGCCAAACUAGGUGACAACACAGGUUCUGUCUUGCAUCCUCUGGGCGUGAUUAACUCGUGUUGACUUCUUUGAAUUGUAUAUGGCUGCGUCUGACCCUUGAUAAGAAGAGUAGAACUAUGGCCUUGUCUACAGACAAAGGCUGCAUUGGUUUAACUAAAAUUGGUUUAAAAACUGAUUUGGCUAAGCUGGUGCCAAGUCCUGCAUGGCCAUAACUUCCAUCAGUGUAAAACUGGGGGUUAUUGGUUUAGCUUGUACCUGUACUUCUCUCAGUGCAAGCUAAACCACCAUAAAUCAGGUUUAAAAUGGAUUCAGUGUGUCUAUGUGUUUUCACUGGAUUAACAAAAUGGGUUUAAAAUCACACCUUUAGUUAAAUCAGCACAACUUUAUGUCUAGAGCAGGCCUAGCAAGUCUGUUGGUGAAAUGGUUCUUUUUGGGCUGUCUCUUCACAUAAAAAUUAGCCACCCUGGAUACUGAAACAAUCCCAGGGGAUUCUCUCCUGCCUGAGAAAAGAAAUCAUUUACAAUUAUUUAUUGUAUUUGGCUUGUGAUGUUUUCCAUGACCCCCAAUAAACUUCUAUGUGUUAUUUGGUUGUAACAACCCUGUUACUUUUCUCUAACACACUACGCUAGUGGAAGUGUGUAAGAAAAACUCAGUCAAGUUGACCACACAAUAAAAUACAGUUU